AUGUCCCCCCGUCGGCCCCUCCCAACAACGUUUCUCAUUCCGUUCACUGAUCUUCUACAUCACCACCAGCAUAAUAGAUGGCAGUGUGGACGCUCAUAGCUGCACGUCAGUAGGAUGUGUGGGCCUAUUUUACUAGCACAGACAUAAAAGAGCUCCCUGGCACCGGCAUUGCUUCAUGGCAGACACGGAAUUAAAAAGCUUUAUCUCCACCAUGGACUCCUUGCUUCGUGUCAGCUCCAACAUGAAGAGCAUGGAGCCGGAGCUGCGUUGUCCCGUGUGCAACGACAUGGUGAAGCAGCCCAUCCUACUGCCGUGCCAGCACAGCGUUUGCUUACUGUGUGCAUCCGACGUGUUGGUACAGAGGGGCUUCCCUCCUCCUGACCUCCCCCCGGAGCCACGGUCGCCAGCUUCCACUCCCAACUCUCGCUCCCCGCGCCAGCACCGCAGACCCACGCCUCGGACCCCAGAGCACCUGGAACGCAUUCUAAGAACUACAUGCAGCACAUACCCCGGGCGGCGGCGUAAAGACGCGGCCCCUCCUCCCAUGCUGUUCCCAUGUCCUUCCUGUCAGGGGGAUGUGGAGCUGGCUGAGAACGGCCUGACGGACUGUCCCCGCAACCUCACCCUGGAGCGCAUUGUGGAAAGGUACAGGCACACGCUGAGUCUGGGCAGCAUCGCCAUCAUGUGCGCUUUCUGCAAGCCUCCGCAAUCUCUGGAGGCCACCAAGGGCUGCGCCGACUGCAAAGCCAACUUUUGCAAUGAAUGUUUCAAACUCUACCACCCCUGGGGGACCCCCCGAGCCCAACACGAGCACAUCCUCCCCACAAACAACUUUCGCCCAAAGGUACUGACGUGCACCGAUCACGAGCAAGAGCGUCUGCAGUGGUACUGCUGCGCUUGCCGCAGGUUGCUGUGCCCGCUGUGCAAGCUCCGCCGCAUGCACCACGGCCACAAAGUGUUGCCGGUGACACAAGCCUACCAGGCCCUCAAGGAUCAGCUGACCAAGGAGGUUAACUACAUCCUGGCCAACCAGGAGACCAUACAGAGUCAAAUCACACAGCUGGAAGGGACCAUCAAACAUAUGGAGGCCAACAGCGCUGUAGCUCUCGGCCAUCUGAGCCGCUGCGUGAAGGAUCUGGCCGCAUCCAUAGCCGAGCGUCUGGGGGUCUUGUCUGUGGCCUUGGAGGGCUCACGCAACCGCAGAGAGGAGGCGCUGUCCGCCCAAGCGUCAGCCAGGCGAGACAUGCUGGAGCACGCCGGCAUGAUGGCUUACACUCACGAGCUCCUCAAGGAGACCGACCAGCCGUGUUUCGUGCAGGCGGCCAGAGUCACUCACAACAGGCUGGUGAAGGCCAUCGCAAACCUGCAGUGCUUCUCUCCCUCUGCUGAUUCCUCAUUCAGACAUUUUCACCUGGAUGCAACAAAAGAGAUCAAGCUCAUCAAAGGCUUGGCAUUUAUACAUGCCCCUCUGGCUCCAGUGAUCGACACUCAAAAGACGCUGGCGUACGACCAGCUCUUCCUAUGCUGGCGUCUCCCUCAGGACUCGGCUCCAGCCUGGCACUUCUCCGUCGAGUACCGAAGACGGACAGGGGCGUCGGGAGAUACGUGGGGAGGCACCCGAUCCCCCAACGCCUCCACGACGUGGCAGAGACUGGACGAAGUGCGAGGGACCAGCGCCAUCGUGGACCAACUGCAAAUAGACAGCGUUUACAUGAUGAGGGUUCGAGGCUGCAACAAGGCCGGCUUUGGAGACUACAGUGAGGAGGUGUACCUUCACACGCCGCCCGCUCCAGUGUUAUCUUUUUCCCUGGACUCUCGCUGGGGCUUGCAUUCCGACAGGCUGGCGUUGGGCAAGGGUCAGACGUACGCCCGCAGCGUGCCGGGAAUCUCCCUGCUGAAGGUGGCCGACCGCGCGCUCACUUCCUGUCACCUGACCGCCGACCUCCUGGUGGCUGACCUGGCCGUCUCUCAAGGCAGGCACUACUGGGCCUGCUCGGUGGAGCCCAGCUCCUACCUGAUCAAGGUCGGAGUCGGGCAGGAGGCGAAGCUUCAAGAGUGGUUCCAUCAGCCGCAAGACAUGGCCAGUCCACGCUAUGACCCAGACAGCGGCCAUGACAGCGAGGCAGAGGACGGCCAGGACUCGCCCUCCUUUUGCUUCCUCACCAUGGGAAUGGGCAAAAUCCUUCUCCCUCGAGGCCAGAAAAACACUAACUCGAAGCCCGCCCACCCUUACACGACGCCUCUGCCGCCCAGACUGGGCGUGUGCUUGGACUGCGAUGAGGGCAGCGUGUCCUUCUACGACGCCCACUCCUUACGCCUGCUGUGGGAGGGCCACGUGGACUGCUCGGCCCCCGUGUGUCCCGCCUUCUGCUUCAUCGGCGGAGGGGCCCUUCAGCUGCAGGACCUGGUGGCCAGUCGCAACAUCGAGGAGGAUCCCCCGCCGCUGCCGCCGAAGGUGACCAUCAAAACACGCGCAACCAAUUUUAGUCAAGAAUGAAGCGACUUUCACCUUUAAUUACAUUUAUGUAUUUUGUUUGGUUUGCUGCUAAUCUUUGUUGCUUGUCGACUCCCGAAGGCAUGAAGAAUGCCGUUUUAAAACUGUGUGGUCAAAAAUAACUCGGGUCAAAAUGGAACAUCAUUUUGACCCAACUUCAUUCAGCACAAAAAAAUGUAUGGGUCAAAUGUAUAACCCACAAAAUAACCCAAUUUAGGGGUUGUUUAGAACCAAAUGGUUGGAGUAUUCAUUUUAUGAGGCAAUAUAUACACUCUUAAAAGUCAACAAGUCAAAUAAAAAAAUAGUCUUUACAAUAAUAUGCUCUAUGCGCCCCAACCUCCCCCCACAAGUCUAAUAGAGGGUAUUCUGAAUAAAGUUGUGUUUGUCGAACAUGAAUUCCGAUACAAAUGCACCCAUUUUCAUCCAUUUCAAGUGGCGGCCAUUUUGCCUCAUAUUGCCACUUGGUGUCAACUGACAAAUGACAUCAUCAUCAUGCCCCAAGGAUCAGCUUGCGAACAUCAUAUAACCAAACGUAGAGAUCAGGUGAGCCGUAACAGUCGUGACUUCAGCCCUUUGGCACUGCGAUGGUCCAAGUCGCUGUACAUGACAAAAUGGCCGCCACUUGAGAUGGAUCUAAACGGGUGGAUUUUUCUGCCUAAUUCAUCGUCCACAAAUGCAAUUCUCAUCAGAAUAAUGACUGUGGCAACUGUUUGAACAAUUGGGGGUGCACAACACAUAUUUCUUUAAAAAAACACAAAAAAAACCCAACAACAACUUCACUUCCCCUUUAAAAAAUCGAUCAUUGAAUAUUAAUGUAAUUAAAAAAAUAUGUUUGGUUAUUUCUUUGAUGCAACUUUGGGGGUGAAGUGAAUAAUCCAAAAAGAUGUGUGUCGACUGGUCCGUUUUCGGCGCAUAAUUGGGGUUAUUUUUUGGGAGUGUCUGAUCACAACAGAGCUGGAAGCCGCCAUCUUUCUUGUGGGCAUACACCGCCGCCUGCAUUGGAGUCAAGACGAAUGUACCCCGACAACAUAAGUGACCCAUCAGGUGACCUCGGUGGUGUCAUCAAACUCUGUUCAGCUAGUUUUUGCAGGUACUAUUUAACUUUGCCGUGGCACAGAUUUGGAAGGUCUUGUGUAGGUUCCACAAAAUGUUUCAUCCUAAAUCCAGUGUGAUGGCCCAUCAUGACACAAUAAUCAACACUUUGCUAUAUGCGGGUUCAUAUUCUGAUUGUUACCAUAUUAACAGCACGACAGAUGUACAAUUUCUCAGAGUUAGAAGCCUUUAUUUAUAAUGUCGCCAUUGGGGAGAGGUCAUGGUUAAUGACGGAUCCCAUCAAGCUUCAUUGACAUUUCAUAUGACCGUUUUGUAUGUUGACCAUGUAUCGAUUGCAUUUUGUGCAUCUUGUGACGUCUUUCAGAAGAUCACGGUACUUUUAUUUUCGUCGCAUGUGUUGGAACAUGCGCCAACAGUUCAUGUUUGACUUACUGUAUGUGUUGCCUCGCCAGCUACUAAGGCACAUUUACUGCAUCAUAACUUAGUUUUAAAUCCCUGCAAACAAUAAUAAUAUGACAUAACAUGUUCAGUAAUACCUCCGUAACAGUGUCAAUGAAAUAUGAGCAUUCUUCUGUUUUUUGUGUUGAUUGGUGCAGGUAAUGAAGUGGUUGUUUAUGUCUGACAGCACAGAUUGUUUGUCUAUAUUGUAAUAUUUCUACUUGAUUGUAGAUUUUUUUUUCGAGUGAAUGUAAAAGAAAAAAAGGGGAACCACUUAAGACUGUAACAGACAUUGUGCUUUGUUUUUCUUUUUCGUUUUUUUAAAAUUAUGACACGAGUGAAAAUAAACAACUGGUAAUCUGA